AUGGGUGGUGGUAUUGGCAGUAGUGGUGGAGGCGGCAGCGCUGGUAGUGGCAGUGGUGUCGUUGGGGGUCCUCCCCACCCACGCCGCAUCAGCCUGAAUCCGAUAGUGCAUGAGCAUAUUCCGCCAGACUACUUGUCAAACUUAAAAAAAUACAAAUAUAGCGGCUCAGACUCCAGCAUCAUUGCGCGGUACGUUAUGCAGCCAUACUGGAAUUUUAUUGUGAGUCUUGUACCAAUGACUGUGGCACCCAAUGCAAUCACACUGACGGGGUUUCUUAUUGGUCUAUCUUCUUCCAUUUUGGUUAUGUUCUUUUUUUUCUUUUAUGAUGCGGUCUAUCCAGCUUGGGUUUGGUACUACGCAGCUGCUGCCCUUUUUAUUUACCAAACGUUGGAUGCUGUCGAUGGUAAACAGGCACGCCGAACUCAAACGUGUGGUCCGCUUGGUGAAUUGUUUGAUCAUGGAUGUGAUGCCUUUUUGACUCCAUUGGUUCAGGUUAUUCUGUGCUGUGCCCUAGAUCUUCCAUCAUGGAUGACGUUUGCAUACAGUACAAUGUCAUCCAUUGUUUUAUUUUGUGCCAUAUGGGAACAAUUUAGCACGGGUACAUUAGAUCUUGGCUACAUCAACGGUCCUACUGAAGGUAUAUUUAUGGCGUGCAUCUUGUUUAUCAUUACUGGCCUUUAUUCAACCUCCAUUUGGGAUACUCCUGUUAUUAGCCCGUAUGAAUUAAAAAUUUCUUUUUUUUACGGAGAGGUAUCGUUUGUUAUCUUCACUCUUCGUAGCCUUAUUUUUCUCUACAUCACUGUUGCGGCCUGUUUAACUGUGGGAGCGAACAUUGUACAUGUGGUUGGGAGGCCCGGUGUCCACGUUAAAGGAACACCGUUUUUUGUCAUGCUUCCCAUGUUGUUUUUGUUAUUCUUCCACGUGUGUUUGUUUUUGACGUAUACCUCGAUCCAUGACAAGUACCCAUUUGCGUUUGAGUUGAGCUUUGGUUUUCUGACGUCAUACACUGUUACCCGAAUGACGGUGGCGAGGCUGUGUGCGAUGCCGUAUAGUCUUUUCAACGCCUUUUAUCUGAUUACAUUCUGCGUCACGUUUGGUGCGCUUGUCGUUCACGCACACUUUCGUCAAAUCGAGAUCAAAUAUUUGGAGCCGUCACUUGGUUCUGCCAUGGUUGCGUUAGCCGCGCUGGGGGUUUGGCAGUAUCUACACAUGAUCUUGUCGCUUUUUACACAGAUUUCGUAUUACUUGGGUGUCCCGUUACUCUCCAUUACUUCUCGCGAGGAGAAGGAUGCGAGAGCGAUGGAGUGA